CGCCACGGCGGGCGACGAGAACAUAAACAGUGCCGCCAGGAGAGCGGAGACACAUUCUCAGCCGACGACGACGACCAGAGAAGUCUGAAGAAGACCUCUUUCCUGGAAAGACACACCAUCCAGACAGAUCAAGCCAUGGCCAGAGUUCCCGAGUUCCAGGACGAGAUGAUGGACUUUUGCAGCUGCAGCAUGAAUGAGGUGGAGUUCUAUGCAGAGGUCCGGCACGUUUCCACCAAGGGCUCCUUCCUCGAAGAGACGGGGCUCCAAGCGUCCCAGGAAUGCGAGCUGGGCAUCCAGGUGGAGAUCCACAAGCAUUCUUCGGCCAAGGGCUUCCGGAAGGCGGCCGUCAUCGUGGUGGCCAUGGAGAGGAUGAGGAAGCCCCCCGCGGCCAGGCUCUUCUCCGACGAAGACCUGAUGGACAUCUUGAGCACCGUCUUAGAACCCAUAGACGUCAACACCUAUGGCGUCACCUACGCCACCGACUCCAACUACCAGUUCUCCGAGGACGUCUGCUACGACAUCCAGGACAUCGCCCAGAAGUCCCUCGUCCUCUGCGAGGCACCCACCGAGCUGGUGGCCCUGUACCUCCAGGGCCCCAACGUCAAUCAAGCAGUGAGGCUAAAGAUGUCCAUCUACCGGCCGAAAAGGGAGGCCGGCUCCAUGAAGACCCCCGUCACUCUCAACAUCAAGGGGAAGAAACUCUACCUGUCCUGUGUCUUGAGGGGGAAGGAGCCCGUCCUGCAGCUGGAGGAGGCCAACCUGCAGGGCAACCUGGACGCCUCCAAACUGGGCCGCUUCCUCUUCUACCGGGUCACGGGGGACCACACCCGCUUCGAGUCGGUGGCCUUCCCCAACUGGUUCAUCUGCACCUCCCCCAGGAACAACGAGGCCGUGGCCAUCACCAACCGCCCUGGCGAGGCCCUCAUUGUGGACUACGACCUCACCAGCUAAGCCGGGGGGCCCACCAGGCUUUGGGGACCUCUCCCCCACUGUGACCUUUGGAUCUUGGAGGCUCUUGGGUCCCAGACGGGCCUUGUCUGUGCCAAGAAGGACACUGUUGUCUCUGUGAGACGGAAGAAGCCCUGUCUACACCCGGACACAGACAUCAACAAAAGUGGCCUUUCCUGCUCACCAAGCGUCUUGUGGUUUGGACCACCACCAGCCCUCCCACCCUAUGGUCAACGUGGACCCUCCAGGUUUUUUGGACUCCAACUCACACAAUUCCUAACAGCCACUAGGCUGCUAGGAAUUGUGUGAGUUGGAGUUCAAAACACCUGGAGGGCCCAAUUUAUUGAUUACUAGCUGUGCCCGGCCACGUGUUGCUGUGGCUUAGUCCUUCAUGACAUUCAUGGUGGCCUAGAAAGAAUUCCCCUGGGUAUGAAUCAGCCAGGCUUUGAAGCUGCAAGGCUAUUCAAUUGUAUUCGAGUUCGCCAACAAUGGAGUCCCCUGGAUAUGAAUCAGCCAGGCUUUGAAGCUGCAAGGCUAUUCAAUGGUAUUCAAGUUGGCCAAUAAUGGAGUCCACUGGGUAUGAAUCAGCCAGGCUUUGAAGCUGCAAGGUUAUUCAAUGGUAUUCAAAUUGGGUAACAAUGGAAUCCCCUAUGAAGCAGCGAGGCUUUGAAGCUGCAAGGCUAUUCAAUGGUAUUCAAGUUGGCCAACAAUGGGGUCCCCUAGGUAUGAAUCAGCCAGGUUUUGAAGCUGCAAAGCUAUUCAAUGGUAUUCAAGUUGGCCAACAAUGGAGUCCCCUGGGUAUGAAUCAGCCAGGUUUUGAAGCUGCAAAGCUAUUCAAUGGUAUUCAAGUUGGCCAACAAUGGGGUCCCCUGGGUAUGAAUCAGCCAGGUUUUGAAGCUGCAAAGCUAUUCAAUGGUAUUCAAGUUGGCCAACAAUGGAGUCCCCUGGGUAUGAAUCAGCCAGGUUUUGAAGCUGCAAAGCUAUUCAAUGGUAUUCAAGUUGGCCAACAAUGGGGUCCCCUAGGCAUGAAUCAGCCAGGCUUUGAUGCUGCAAGGCUAUUCAAUGGUAUUCAAAUUGGGUAACAAUGGAAUCCCCUAGGUAUGAAUCAGCCAGGCUUUGAUGCUGCAAGGUUAUUCAAUGGUAUUCAAAUUGGGUAACAAUGGAAUCCCCUAUGAAGCAGCGAGGCUUUGAAACUGCAAGGCUAUUCAAUGGUAUUCAAGUUGGCCAACAAUGGGGUCCCCUAGGUAUGAAUCAGCCAGGCUUUGAAGCUGCAAGGCUAUUCAAUGGUAUUCAAGUUGGCCAACAAUGGGAUUUUUUUGGCCUUGUCUCUGUUUUCGUUCUAUUUUUUUAUUUUGAUGGUCACUCCUUGGAAAGUGACUGAGGGGGUUGCUAUGACAUGAACGGGGCGGGGCCUAAAAGGGCAGGACUUACGCUUCUGACUGGCAGCUUUUUAUUCCUAGGUUACAAAUGUCAUUUCCUAACUGGGUCUAUCAUAAAAACACAGGAAACGGUUAUUAAACUUUCUGUGGAAGGGACAUCCUGUCUGUUUAUCCCAGGUUAUCUGGCAGUGUAGACUCAUAUAAUCCAGUUCAAGAGAUCCUGGGCAGCGUAGAUUCUGCUUAAAUCUUGCCAUUGUGGAACCUGGGAGGGAAAUACCUGUACGGUUGUGCCAUGCCUUUCCAGAUAACAGGCUGUUGUUGUUGUUGUUGUUGUUAAUAUUAUUAUUAUUUAAUGCAAGUAUUUAUUAUUAAUUUAAUAAUUAUUUCCUCCCCAGGUUUGUCCUGGUGACAAUAAACUCCUUCACCC